UGGAUUGCAGACCUUGGUUUUGCUGUUGAUGUGACUGCAAUUAUGAAUGAACUAAAUGUGAAACUGCAGUGCACGGACCUUAGUGAAGGCUUUUAUGAAAAAGUUGCAGCUUCUCUCAGCCAAAUGGAGGACAACAUUCUCACCCACUUGCCAACACUGAAGGAAGCUGCACCUUCAGCUGAUCACCUCCACAGGGAACAUCAAGCUCUUGUGAAACAUACUGGAGGAUGUCAUUGUGGAGCUGUAUGCUUUGAAGUGAGGGCCACUGCAGAUUUGCAUGUCUUUCACUGCAAUUGCAGUAUCUGUACAAGGAAACAGAUUAAAGCAUUCAUCGUUCCAGCCUCCCAAUUCAGACUCCUCAAGGGAGCUGAUAACUUAACUGUUUAUACAUUCAACACAAAGGUAGCAAAACAUACUUUCUGCAAAACAUGUGGUGUGCAAAGUUUCUACACCCCUCGUUCCAACCCUGAUGGAUACGGUGUGAUGGCUCACUGCCUGGAUGAAGGUACUGUGAACAGCAUCACUAUUGAAGAGUUCAAUGGCAAGAACUGGGAGAAGAGCAUGAAGGAGCACAAGACCAUUCAGAAUUUGUCUAAGUCAUAAUCUAAGCUAGGGCCAGGCUGGCUGGCCAAAGUGAGGGAGCUAGUGAUGAAUAAAUAGGUCAUGGCAGGCCACUCAUUGUAUUUAAGUAAGCUCUUUCCCUUUUGGUAAAACCCAGCCCCAAUGAGCACUGAGAUCAUGACAGCUACUUAUGAACACCAAAGCCAGAUUAAAAACAGUCACAGACACUCUGACAUGGACAACAGAACCUCACCUAUUUUAAAAUACUGCAACCUUCGUCAUGUAAUUAUUAUUAAAUUGAAAUAAGUUAUAAAGUUUCAGUCAUCCCAGGUAAAUUGCAGGAUAGAGGUAGUCUGGCUGCCGAUGUAGUGAAAGCUAUUGAAAGGUGUACGAUUAAACCAGUGUAAGACGAAGGAUGGCCUUGUCUGUCAUGAGUUGAUUGACCCAAUCAAUUUUUGUUGAUGGAUAAUGAGAGUGCAAGGCCUCAAGAAGCUAAUGGGUCUUACUGUGAAUCUGUACAGACAGAAACAGUGCCACAAAUACUGAGAGAUAGAUCAUUUGGCUACUGGACUAUAUCUGAUGGAAUGGUGCACACAGCACUCAAGGAGAUGGGAGAGAGAGAAUUUUCUUCCUGAACACUUUGACUUGCUUUGUUUCAUUAUACUUUCUGUAACUAUAAUGAUCAAAUAGUCAAUAUCAGUUUGUAUCAGAAAGCAGGCCAAAAACCCACUCAAUUUAUGUUUUUCUUCAUGUUUCCCAAUUAAUAUAAUCUGUACAAUUUAUUUAUGUUAAAUAAUCCAAUUACCAGCUGCAUUAAAGGUCUUUGGUAGUGUC